UUUUUGAACGGUGGAAAAUUGCCUUUUUGUGCGGAGAAGCAGUCGAAGGCCACCAGGGAGCUGGAAAAUUCGUGUUUCGAAUAAGCUGUUUGUCGGUACUAUUUGUGCAUAUGACUUCGAAGAGGCUGCCAGCUGACACUUGCGGUAGGCCGUUUUACAAAAUUGUGGUUGUGGGUGAUGGAGGCGUCGGAAAGUCUGCCUUGACAAUCCAGUAUUUUCAACGGAUGUUCCUUGAAGAACAUGAUCCAACGAUAGAGGACUCAUACAUUCAAAAUGAUGAGAUUGAUAAUGAAUGGUGUAUUUUGGAUGUAUUAGAUACCGCAGGUCAGGAAGAAUUUAGUGCAAUGAGAGAACAAUAUAUGCGUAAAGGUCAAGGAUUUAUUAUUGUGUACUCAGUGACGGACCCUCAAAGUUUUCACGAAGUUCGACGGUUUUACAGACAGAUUUUACGAUGUAAAAACUGUGAUUCCUAUCCUAUGAUACUGGCUGCCAAUAAAAUUGAUUUGGUUCAGCAGCGCAAAGUUUCAGAAGAAGAAGGACAGCGUUUAGCGGAUGACCUAAAGGUUCCGUACAUUGAAACCAGUGCAAAAGAUCCUCCAGUCAAUGUGGAUAAAAUGUUCCACGAUAUGGUACGAAUUAUCAGACGACAACCGCCACCGCCUCCUCUAAUGUCAUCCAAAGGCGAUCGUAAAAAAGUUCGUUGUUUAUUACUAUGAGAAAAUUUUCUUUACUUAUGUAUGUGUAACUUGAAUGUGGUAUCAACAAUGAAACAUUCAUUUGAUCUUCUGAUUUCAUCCUACCUUUACUGACUAAUCAUCAUAUGCUUCUCUAUGUAGAUUUAUUCAUUGAGGAAUGAAAUUAGGACUGUCAAAAUGUUAUCAUAUCAGUGAAACCUGUGAUUUGGUAUCUUUGUGUUCUUUCUUUUUCGUUCUCUCUCUUUCACUAUCUUAUCUCCACCGCCUUUGGUAUUUAGAUACUUCACAGAAUCUAGAGACUAGAAAAUAAUGCUCAUUAUAACCAUGGUUUUCUUCUGUAUAUUGAAAUUGUGUUCCGUAAAUGCUUAAAAAUGGCACCAAGUUGUGGUAAUAGCUGGCUACGCUUUUUUCACCGCUUUCGGAAUACACCUUUUGUACAGGAUUUCUUUUUGACUUUUCAACUUCUCUCUUUUUAAAGCUGGAUAAUUAAUUCAAUAACUGGAAAACAUACGCUUUUACAAAAUUGUAAUCUUUACACUUAGUGCAUAUUUUUUCAAAUUCUUUUAUAUAUGUAUCGGUAUAUUCUGCCAAUCUCUUUAUGUAUGUAUACUUUGCCGAUUCGCCACCGCACAUACACAUACCUAUCCCUUCAUUUAUAUUGAAGUCUUCAGUGUUUCAGGUUCUCUAUCGUUUUUCAUACGCUCCACCUCCCGUGUUAUUGGCUUAUCAUUGUACGUUUUCUUCUGUUGACACCUGUAUUUUUAUACACAGAAAUGUCGCUUUUUCUAUUAUCUGUCUCUUAACCAUGUAUUCAGGGCAAAUCCAGCCAUCUAUCCUUUUUUGUAUAUCUCUAUGGUUCUUAUAUUGGUAUUGUUCUUUUGUACUAUAUAUAAACUAAAUGGUG